AUGCAGCCGACGACCAAAGGCAGCAGGGUCGCAGCCACUCGCCAGAGCGACGGGGGCGUCAAAACUGACGCAGUCGCCGUGGCAGCUGCAAGCCCUGGAGCCUCACCGUCCCCUCCGCUACAAAACUAUGCUUUUCCCACAGUGGAGGAGCUUGUCUCGCCAGCGGCGCCAUUUAGGAGCAGUAAAAGUGAGGACGUGUUGGAGCUCGAGACCCCCAGCCCUGUCGCUGCAGCGGCACGGCAACCCCCUGCCGCUGCGGUGCGCCGUGCGUCACGAGUUCGCUUCUCGCUGGCAUCGGAGCAGUUCUUCGAGCCACCCUUGCCUCCGCCGAGCGACGGGCUUUGGAACCGCGCUGACGGCGACCUCGCCUCGUUCGGCCACGGCAACGAGCUGCACCGCACGCUCUCCGUGUCUGCAACUCGGCUGGAGCCGUACAGCGUGAUCACUAAGACCGGCGGCGUGCAUAUUUCGCGGUGGACACAGGUGCUGGCGCUGCUCCAGCGCACCGGGCAGCAGUACACGCGCCAGAAGCUGCUCAUUAUCGCCGAGGUCGUUUCGCCGCUGCUCUUUGUCGUUCUCUUGAUCAUCCUGAACGUCGCCUUCGGCACCGAUUCCAUCCCCGAGACCGUGUUCACCGCCCCCACCGUGUACAGCUACCAGCUGAACCUGCACGACUACAUGACGUAUAUUUGCUACAACGACACGACGCGACCGAUCAACGGCCUGCACCCCUGCACCCACCUUCAAGUUCCCUAUUCGUGCGACGGGGACGAGUCCGACAUUCCGGUGUACGGGCUGUGCUACCUUAGCAGUUUCAAGAAACCUGCGGCGGUGGUGAAGCAGUACGUAGACUCCUUUAUGGGCGUCAUUAUCUCUCUACCGUCCCUCGACUCGAUCAUCGUGCAUCAGUGGAUGGCCAAGAAGGCCGGCCUGGCUAAGGACUCCCGUUCCCGCACCGCGUUGGCGGCACUCUCGAACGUCGGCAUCGGCUUGUCCGCCACGACUCGCUUCGACUCCAUCUCAUACUCGGGACUACUGUACUUCGCCCCCGCGGCGAACACGCCGGCAGCGCUGAUUGAAUACUUUCACAAGCACUGUGCCACGUUCGGGUAUGUCUACGGUGGUGUCCUCGACACAGUCGAAGAGGCGCACGCAACCAUAAAGGCCAACGGCUCAGAUGAAGUCCUCAACUCCACCUGGGGCCUGAUCAUCGUCAACGACAUUACAGAUGGCUUUGAUGUGCAGGUGCAGCUGCACAGCUCCGCGUUGCCGUCGCUGUCGUCGCCGACAGUGUCGCUGGAGUUUCGCGGAGGCUUCACGUACGACGGCACCGACAUGUUCCUCGCCUCUGGCUUUCUGUCGCUGCAGCAGAUGUUGUACACGUACUUCUACGAGAGCAGGGCGGAGGCAGGAGCGCUACCCAACCUCCACAGCGGUGCGGUCAGCCCGUACACGUUCAAGGAGAUCUACCCCGUCAUCUCCUCCUACCCCACCAUCGCCGCGCACACGCCGUAUCUGCUCUCGCUCUCCCCUUCCCUCGUCGCCCUCGUAAUGGUGAUGUCUUUCCUCUACCCUUUCGCUCAGGUGACGAAGCGCGUGGUGCUGGAGAAGGAGCUGUCCAUCCAGGAGUCCGUCUGUAUUAUGGGCCUGCGGCGCUCCUCCCUCUGGGUGAAUUUUCUCUUGGUCAUCUUCUUCGAGUACGUGCUCAUCUCGAUCCUUUUGACGGCGCUCCUGUGCGCCGUCGUCGCGCCGCGCUCGAACCCCUUCGCUGUCUUCAUCAUUCUGUUCGUGUACUCCCUCACCCUGAUCCCGUUGUGCGGCCUCGUCUCUGCCUUCUUGAGCCGUGCUCGCAUGGCGACGCUGAUGACACCGCUCCUCUACGUUGUCCUCUCGACGCCGAUCUUCGCCAUGGCCACCCCGAGCCGCGGCAUCGUCGUUGGCCUGUCGCUUCUCUCCCCAGCCGCGCUCGCCUCGCUUCUGACGGAUGUCUUCAUCGUCGAGGCCGGUGGCGGCUUUCAAAUCCACCACUUCAUGAGUCCGCACUUCAACGCCGAGCCGUACCUCAUCAUGAUCAUCCUCGCGUGCGACUGUGUCCUUUACCUGCUGCUCAUGGUCUACCUCAAUGCCGUGCUGCCGCAGGAGUGGGGUACCCGAAAACACCCGCUCUUCUUCAUCAUCGAGCCGUGGGUGUGGCUGAAGGACACCUGCGGGACCUGCUGCAGCUGCCCCACGAAUGCUCCGCGUGGGAGUGCAUCUGAGCCUGUCGCUGGAGCGACGGGGGCAACGGCGACGUCACAGAAGUCGCAACGACCCGGUUCUCUCGCCUUCGACCCCCGUAUCAGUCGCGACGCCUCGACCGACGACAAGAAGGACAUCGGUGUUCGCAUCAGUCAUCUCUGCAAGUACUUCCAGCGCAACGCCAAGCGUUUUGCGGCGGUGGACAACGUAUCGUGGAACAUGUAUCGUGGUGAGAUCGCGGUGUUGCUGGGGCCGAACGGUGCUGGCAAGUCGACGGCGAUCAAGAUGAUCACCGGCAUCCUGGCCGCCGACAGUGGCGACUGCUUCAUUGAAGGCUACUCGAUAACCCAGAAUGUGGCUGAAGCGCGGCACGAGAUCGGCUACUGCCCGCAGCACAACAUCCUUUGGCCUGACCUGACCUGUCGCGAGCACCUCGAGUUCUACGGCAAGAUCAAGGGCCUGCGCGGGGCCGAACUGGAGGACGCCGUCGUGGACAUUCUCCGUGCCGUCGACCUUGAGGAGAAGGUGGACGCUAUUCCAGGGCAAAUGUCGGGUGGCCAGAAGCGGAAGCUGUCCGUCGCCAUCGCCUUCGUGGGCCGCAACCGCGUCGUCCUCCUCGAUGAGCCGACCGCCGGCAUGGACGCGGCUGCACGACGUCACACGUGGUGUCUUCUGCGCGCCAUGACCCAGCACCACACAAUUCUCCUCACAACGCACUUCAUGGACGAAGCGGACUUGCUCGGUGACAACAUCGCCAUUGUGACAGAGGGUGUGCUGCAGUGCGCCGGCAGCACGGCGUUCCUGCGCCAGUAUGCUGGGGUCGGCUACACCCUCCGCUUCGAUCUCAGUCCCGUCCCGACGCAGAAGGAUGGCGAUGCGGCGCGGCAGCCCAGGGUUGCCGCGGUGUGGGCGAAGCUUCAUCAGCUCGUCAUGUCGCACCUCCCCGAUUCCACCUUGGUGCUGCAGACGGAUGCGGAGGUGGAGUACGAGCUGCGGCUCGGCACCGAUGCUCGCCUUCCAGGGUUUUUGAAGGAUAUGGAAUCGCGCGGCAACCAGCAGCUGCACAUCCGCGGCUACGCGCUUCGGGCGCCGACGCUGGAGAAUGUGUUCAUGCGUGUCGUCGAGCACCAGAUUGCGCCAUCCCCACAGGUGGCAGUGGUGCGUGCGGCGGACGAGGCGGUGGCGCGAGAGCAGGUCGAUGGCAAAAAAGACGGCGGCCGCACCAACAGCGGCCCGCCGACGGCCCCCUCGUCUCCGUUAGUGCACCACUUUAUGAGCCGCCGCAUGUCGCGGGCCUCGCUGCACUACCUCAACAACGAAUCGACGCUGAACUACGGCAACAACGCGGAGCCGGGCGACGGCGAUGAGGACCCGAUCCCGGACUUCGCGGCCGCGAGUCCCACACAACAUCAGACACCAAGUGACGUUGUCGGCGCGAGGUCGAUGGCUGCCGCAGGACCCGACGGCGGUAACGCGGGCGGGGUACAUGUCGCCGGUGUCGCCGAGAACAACAACGCGAGCGUCACGGGACUGCGGCAGCGGGAGAGUCGCAGCAGAAGCCCCAACUACCACGAGAGCGCCGAGGGCCCCCCAAGCUUGUCGGCCCAAUUUCCCCAGGAGGUCGUUGGCUUGGAGGACUUUUGUGCGGCGGCAAACAGAUCACUUGCCGGUGCUGCACCGUCAGUGCGGAGGACCACCACCGCCGCACUGACGGCGCAGCAGCACCAGGGAAGCACCACGACUGGCGUCUCCGAUAGCGACAUCCCCGGGGUGGCCACAGUGGCGGCUCGCGUCCGCCGUCCAGACAGAGCGCCCUGCCCUCCGCUCUCAGAGGCCAUGGUGAGCGAAAGCCACGCGCGAACAAGCGCUGUCUCCGCCCCCUCUAAUGCUGCCCCCGUCCCCGCCGCCGCACCACCACCAGCACCAGCAGCCACAGCCGCAGGGACGAACCCGAGUGUUCGCAGCGAAGCCUUCCUCUACAAACUGGUCACCGACCAUCACCUCACCAAGGUCUGGGAGUCGCGGCAGACAUCCCAGCGCUGGCACCUGUGGGGGCUGCAGCUGCGUGGUAUGAUGUACAAGCGCUUCUUAUGCGCCAUACGCGACCCUCGCAUGCACUUCUUUCAGAUUAUCUGCCCGAUCCUCUGCAUCCUCCUGGUGAUGUCGCUGCAGCUCGUGAAGGGCGGCGGCGAUGAAGGGAGGCUGUACCUCUCGCCCUCGGUUUUUGGCGUGGAGUCGGCGAUGCAGGUGUCCGGGUGCACAAACUACAUGGGGGAUGUGGCCCACAUGCACAAGUAUGGGCACAACUUUAGCACGCUGUCCUUCAGUGACCCAAACUUCGUCAGCUCCACGGAUAUGUCGAGCGAGCUGCUUGACACGUGGUUCACUCACAGCCGCAACCGCUUCAUGAGCCUGCAGUGCGGCGACCCCGACGUAGAGCUGUACCUGACCUUCUUCUACCCUAAUGUCAUCGGCACGCGGCAAGUGAACACGCUUCUGUACAACACCUCCUCGCGCAACAGUCUGCCGAUUGCGAUGCACAUAAUGCACGCCAUGGCGUACUUUGGCGCCCUUGGCACGAGCACUGAUGCGGCCGCGGCAACCUACACGAUGACCCUGGCAGGGCUGCCGCAGGAUGCGAAGGCGACACAGGCAACAAGCGCCAUCUCCAGCAUUCUCAUCGGCACUAUUUUCCUGAUCCCGUUCACAUUCCUGCCGGCUAACCCGGUGGCGUGGGUGGCAAAGGAGUACGAGUCACGCGCGCGGCACCUGCAGACGGCCUCGGGGCUCCUCUACCUCGUCUACUGGAUCGGCAAUUUCCUGUUCGACUUCACCGCCUACGUCGUGUCCAUGCUCUUCAUCGUCGUCACCUUUCUUAUCUUCCAGCGCUGGGAGUACGUCGGGUGCGAGGCGAUCGGGGCCACCAUUGCCUCCUUCUCCAUUUACGGUAUUUGCUACUGCUGGUGCUCGUACAUGGUGAGCUUUGCCUUUACGGAGCACACGACGGCGCAGAUCGUCGUGCUGGGCGUGAGCUUCCUCACCGGAUUUCUGUGCGUUAUGCUGGUGUUCGUGUUGAGCCUGCUCGAAAAAACACUCUCGGCGUCGAACGCGCUGCGCUGGGUCUUCCGCUUGCUUCCCCCCUACUCCAUUGGUGAGGUGAUCCUCAACCUGGCGCUGCUGGAGCAGAAGAAGGUGACGGACCCGUCCUUGACGGCGUGGAGCAUGUCCAUCACGGGCUGGCCUGACAUCUACAUGGCCGUCGAGGCCCCCAUCUUCGCCGCCAUCACGCUGCUCUGGGAUCACCCCAACCGACGUUCGGUCAUCGACCAACUCAGUGUUUGGUGGGCUGCGCGGUGGUGCCGUUGCUGCGGUGGCUCGGGGUUCUGGCGUCGUCAUCGCACACAAAAGACGGAUCAACAAGGCCGGCGGGCAACGAUGCCUGGCGCGGUUGCCGUCACAGUGGAUGACACCAGCGCUACUCCUAUCAGCGCCGCCGCGGCGUCGCCCAGGUCCUCACCCCCAAACGCUCUGUCGCCCAUUCGUCGAAGCCACGACAAUGGCUCUCCGACUGUCGGCGGCAAUGGGACGGCGGAGGUGGCGCCCACGGAGACGAGUGUGUUGAUGCAAGGCCCACCGCUACGGGCCAAAGUCAUCGUCCCAGACACCUACCGUUCUCCACACAAGCAAUGGGGAGAGGAGCCGGUGGGGUCGAAUGCGAGCCCAUUCCCCAUGACCCCGAUUUCUUCUGCUGACGCAAACGUGGGAGGCGGUGUCGUGGGGUUGGCUGGGCCCACCCUGAUGGGUGUUACGGGGGCACAGCAGAGUCAGCAGCAGCUGAUGAGUGGUCAGCCUGUGAGCGACCGGGCAAACGGCCCCACGCUGCCCGAGAUGGUCUACCCGCCUCCGCGGUGGUACAUGGCGGAGGUGCUGCGGCGCCGGCAGGAAGAGGAGGACAGCGACGUCGAGGAGGAACGUGGCGCUGUGUACCAGGCCGAGCAGCAGCACCUUGCUGAGCAGGAGGCGCUCUCCAUCAGAGCUGCCUCCUCGCGUCACCACUCACCCCAGCAGAAGGGUAGCGACAAGGAGGAGAAGUGCCAACAGCAGACUGAACCGACGGUGGAGUCGUGUGAUGCUGUGCGUCUUGUCGAUCUUCACAAGGUCUAUCACGCGCCGCGCAAGGUGGCAGUGCGUGCGCUAACGCUCAGCGUCAUGCACGGCGAGGUGUUUGGCUUCCUCGGAACGAACGGUGCGGGCAAGAGCUCCGCCCUGGCCAUCAUCACCCAGGAGCAGCUGCCGACGAGCGGCCGUGCAUAUGUGUGCGGCAACGACGUGGUGCGCGAGAGUCGCCGCGCUGCUCGGUCUCUUGGGUACUGCCCGCAGUUCGACGCAUGUCUCGACCUGCUCACUGUGACGGAGCACCUGCGUCUCUACGCCAUAGUGCGCGGUGUGCCCGUCGGCCAGCUGGAAAGCCUCGCCACCAGUCUCCUGAUCAUCUGCAACCUUACGCAGUACCGUCAUGUCUCCGCUAGGCAGCUCUCCGGUGGCAACCGGCGCAGGCUGAGUGUGGCCAUCGCGCUGAUCGGCGCACCCAAGGUGUUGUGCCUGGACGAACCAACCUCCGGCAUGGACCCCCUGGCGCGGCAGCUGCUCUGGCGUGCGAUCGAUCGCGUCUCUCGCAAAUGCUGUAUCCUUCUCACGACCCACCACCUGGAUGAGGUGGAAGCCCUCGCGGACUGCGUCGGCAUCAUGGUGGACGGUGGUCUACGCUGCUUCGGUGACAUGCCGCACUUGAAGCACAAGUACGCCAGCAAUGCGUAUGAGCUGACGCUGCGCGUGUCCCCGGGGGCGCGUCGGUGCGCGCAGAAGCGCCGCGAAGAGCAGCGUCAGCGCACCACGGCGGAGGCUGGUGUCUCACCGGUGGCGGACCUCCAACGGUCAAGCCCAAGUACUCCGCACGGCCUGAGCAACAAGAACCAGGGCGGCACGAUCAACUCCGCGCUGGGUCGCCGCACGUCCACCUCCUACGCCGGCAACGACCUCAUCGACACCUCCGACGAUAUCUUUCAGUUCAUGCUCAAGGCAUUCCCAUCGGCGCUGCUCAUCGACGUCUUCAACAACGAGCGGUACAUCUACACUCUGCCAGCGACCCCCGACGUGGCGAACGCCAUGCAGCAGCUCCUGCAGCAGCAGCAAAGCCGGUGCAGUAUGCAGCUUGUGCAGACACCGUUAGUCAGCGCGAAGAACUAUGUCGGUCAGCACAGCGCCACGAAUGCACCCAAAACGUUGCCGCCGAUCGUGCGUCUGUCCGAGGUGUUUGAGACACUCCGGGCCGCGCAGGCGGAGCUGGGUAUCACGGAGUACAGCGUGUCCCAAGUGUCACUGGAGCAGGUGUUCCUGCGCGUGUGCAGCGCCGAGGAAACACUCAAUCAGGACCGCCGCCACAACCGCGCCACCACAACCUCUCCAACUAGUCAGUCUACAACCUUCGUCGUCAACUCAAACACAUCCAGCAGUGCGACCCCUCAUGCCCAUCUGCUGCAGCGACAGGGCAGCCGCGCGUCUUUCAUCGCGCGGAGCUCGCCCGCAGCGAUGCGUGAUAGCGGUGCGUCACCGUCACGGCGUCGCCUGAGUAUGCCGUCGUACGGCAAUCUUCCUGGCGCCACGGCGGCGCCACGUGUGACCUUCGCCGAGUACCGCCGUCAACGCGCCUUGGGGGGACUUCGCACUGAGGCCGCUGAGCCGCACCUUACCACGGCGAAGCAGCAGCGGGCGGCACAGCCGGAUCAUGAGAGCACGCCUUGA